UGCAUGCUUUAGUUAUGAAUGCUUAUUUAUAUUUUGGAGUCUGGAGAAAUGUUAAUCUUAUAUUUUACCUCCUGCGAUAUUAUGGAAGCAUAUUUUUGGUCGUUUGAAGCUUUUGAGGUUAUUCCUAGAGCUAGAUGCUAUAAAGAUGAGUUGUAGGUUUUACGAGUUUAAUGUAAUCUUGAUAAAAUUUCUACGAAUUCUUUCUUAUAAUUUUCUCAGUUAUCCAAUCCUUCAAAUUUUUUAGGAUUCCUCUGUUUGUUAACUUACGGAUGCUAAGGGGUUCUUGAAGCACAUGGCAAUCUCCCCUCGUUUUAUUCUCCCUGUCAAAUUUUGAUUUCUAAAAAAAUUAUAAAAAGGUAUUGAGUCGGUUCACACGGGCUUCGGAGGUGCACCAGGUGCACGCAAUCUCUUUAACCAAAAAGCUACACGCCGGAAUGCGCAUGCGCGGGUGAUUAAAUGAAUUAUCGAUCGCGUUGCAUACCCGCUUUACCGCAAUAGCAAAAUUCUGCGCUCGAGCGCAUCCCCAAUCCCUACGCCCUAACCCUAGAUUUUUAGAGAAAGCGACAGGAUUGAUCACCAUGGGAAUCAUCGAUUGUGAUAACGCUUCGAUAUCAUGUACUCUGAAUUUGAAUGAGGAUGCAAGUGAAGGCACCUCAAAUGGAGUCUUUUGUAUAUUCGUUUUAGUCUUUUCAGGUGGUCCUGGAAGCGGCAAGGGCACCCAAUGCCCCAAGAUUGUCGAACAUUUCGGGUUUACUCAUCUCUGUGCUGGUGAUCUACUUCAAGCGGAAGUCGAGUCUGGAUCUGAAAAUGGAAAAAUGAUUGAACAAUUUAAGAAGGAAGGUAAAAUUGUGUCCUCUGAGGUAACCGUUAAGCUUCUGCAGAAUGCCAUGCAGAAGAGCACAACCAAAAAAUUCGUCAUUGACGGCUUUCCACGCAACGAAGAAAAUCGUGCUGCAUUUGAGAAUAUUGUUAAGAUCCAGCCAGACUUUGUACUGUUUUUUGAUUGUUCGCAAGAGGAAUUGAUACGGCGCCUUUUGAAUAGAAACCAGGGAAGAGUUGAUGAUAAUAUUGAAACCAUAUCAAAGCGACUUAGAGUUUAUUUUGACUCCACCUUACCAGUAAUUGAUUAUUACAGUUCAAGAGGAAAAGUUCACAAGAUUGAUGCUCAAAGGCCCGUUGAAGAAGUGUUUGAUGAUGUCAAGAGAGUCAUCUACAAACAUUAUUCACAAAAACAGGGGAUAAAGACCUUCACUCUGAUCUAAUCACUUGCGAAAUUUAAGUACUCCGCAUCGACCUCAAUCCGAUUAGUAUUUUUGUUAGAUGCAUUUCCUUAUAUUUCUAAGUUUUUUUGUUCAUCAUUAUCUAAGGAUUUGAGACAUUAUCUUCAAAUAGACCUAUACAACUGUUUUUAUUAGAUGUGCAAACGAGGCUGAUCUGGAUUCCACGCCUCUGGUCCUGUUUUUUUUUUAGAAUUAGGACGGAUUCAUAAUAGAUUAUUAUUUUUUUAAUAUUUUUUGUUCUCAUCAUUUCAUUCAUAAUGGAUGGGAACAAGCGAAUUUUCGAUAAA